UUGAUGUUGAGAAUUUCAUGCAUCGUUUUUCUACUAUUAAAUUCAAUCGUCUGAAAAGUAUUAAAUCGAUGAAUUUUAUUUUAAUUGUCGUACUUCUUAUAGACUCAAAAUCAUCGUUAUUUGCACAAUCAUCGAUGAGCGUACUCGUGCAUAAUCGCACGAUUCUAAUAUUCGAACACUUACAUCUGAUUGAACUGUCGGCAUACUCCAAAGAUCGAGUGAAAUUUUCAAGCGCUCGCUCGUGUCAGAUUUGCGUCGCUUUUCCCAGACGACGCCAAGAAAAUGGGGAGGAAGAAAAGCGACUCGUUUAUCUGAAUUGCUUCAAUUUACAAAUAUUCACUCGCAGCGCGCGCUAUACUAUAUACCAUAUAAAAGCUGACCUUAUUUCAAAUAAUUCCGUGCGUGACGAAGCGAGCCGAGCUUGCGCCCCUAUUUCGUACAAACUUCAGUCCUUGGAUAAGUCAGAAGUUUUCUCCGCGCGGGAGCCAUCUAUCCAGGCGGAUGUAUAGAGCCGAAGCUGUUUGGCUCCUAAAACUUAUGUGUAUUAUAUUCUAAAUCAAGUCGCCCGAUUUAAUUUUCAGCAAACUUGCAAGCAUUAAUGAACCAGUCCAAGAAAAAGUUUAUCGAGGGGGGCCGAUCAUUGGUCGAUUCGAGAGCGGAUUUCGAAAAUUUUCCCUCUACAGCAAUUUAUCACGCGUUAACCCGGCCUGGACGAAGCGCAAUCAUAUAUACUUACCCUCGUAUCGCAGCAAAAAAAAAAUCGUUUAGUCCUCGCAGCUAAAUCGAUAAAAAAAAAAGUAUUAUAUAUAUACUCGCAGUCACGCGCGCGCCAGUGGUGCAGCUGCAUUUUUCUCACUUAUACGUACACACUAUAUAACUAACAGGAUAAGCUCUAAAUGAUUCCUUUCCGCUGCACGCGACGAGCUUCUUUUUUUCUUUUCUUUUCUCGUAGUUUCUGUGCUAUAGCGUCGACUGCGAGCUCAUUCGAGAACGAAAAUCUGCCGAGUGAACUACGUCGAAGCUCCGCGUAUAAGCUCGAGAUACUUUCGACUUUUUUAUUUUUGACUUUAUCAAAAUCAUGAGCGAGGUAGUGAGCAAGAAGAAGAUUCGCCCGAAAAAUGAACUGUCCGCCACGUCGUUGAAUCCGAGCUACAGUGGACUCCGCAGCUUACUGUACGACAACGUGUGUCGACGACGUCUGCGUGCCAAAAAAAAGAUGUACGCGGCUCAAUUCACCCACGAGCUCAAUCACAUGGUAGCCAUGAAAAAACAAGCGUUCGAGGGCAUUAGGUUGGAAUUGUUGUUUAUAAUCAACGAUAAUCAGUAAAAUUAUUUACAUAGGA